AUGCAGGAUGGUCUCUUCUUGCCCUUUGAGUCCACACACCAAGAAAGCUCAUGGCCAAUUAUAAGAUUCAAAGAACAUGCUAGGCAAACUCACUUGGCUCUCUCCAUAUAUUCUCCCUCCUCCUCCCCUUCUCUCUUCACCAUUAAUAUUUCUCUCAAUUCAAGCCCCUCAAGCAUCAUCAUCACCGAACAAGAUUUGAUUUUUCUCUCAGUUUCAUCACCAUCAAUUGGAAAAGCCAUGGCAGAGAAGGUCAAUUUUGCACAAACAUGCAACCUCCUGAGCCAGUACUUGAAGGAGAAGAGAAGCCUGCAAGUCCCCACAACCAUGGACUUGUUGACUAACAUGGAGACCGGCCCAGCUGCUGAGACUCCAUCUUCAAAACCCAGUAUUGAUUUGUUUCCACAGUUUGCUAAGAACCCAGAAGCAGUUUUCUCAAAUCAGCCUGGAUCUGCCCAAAUGACCAUCUUUUAUGGUGGCCAGGUGCUGGUUUUCAAUGAUCUUCAAGCAGAAAAGGCAAGAGAAAUCAUGAAUUUCGCUACCAAGGGAAGCUCCAAGAUUUCUUCUGGGUUUGUUUCUAAUGGUAUUGACAAAUUCGGUUCUGCCUCUGUGACCAAAAUGGUGGCUUCUGAGCCAAAUAUUGCAGCUAAUUCUCAGGAUAUUCAGAAAGUUCAUUCUCAAGUUAUUGGUUCAGAUUUGCCAAUUGCAAGAAGAGCUUCGCUUCACAAGUUUCUAGCGAAGAGGAAAGAAAGGGUGGCAGCCAUAGCACCAUACCAAGUGAACCACCAAAGAGCAUCUCCUUCCAAGUCUGAGGAAGAAAUGAGUUCAAGGGAUCAAGUAGAAGGCCAAUGUUCAAAGCAGCUUGAACUCAGGCUAUAUUGAUUUAGUGGGCUCACAAUUUUUAUUAGAUUUAGAUUUUAUUGUCAUUAUUAUAUAAAUAUAUAUAUAUAUAUAUAUAUAUAUAUAUAGGGUUCCUAGCGGCUUUAUGAUUCUGACUCUGUAAUUUGUUAUACGCCCAAUUUAUUCUUCCAUCAAAAUUUAAUUUUUGUAAUUAUUUUUUAUCAAUGGGAUUGGAUCCAUUUAUGGAUGGAUAUUAUUACUA